UAGUUUGCCAGAAAGGCAGGCUCUACCAAAAUAUGGCUGCUUUCAUAUCUCUCUUUAUUUGUGGGUUGUGUGUGUUGCUUUUAUUAACUGCACUCUAUAUUUCAAAAGGUUUGAAGCAGUCAGCUUUAAAUUUGCCUCCUGGUCCAUUUCCUCUUCCAGUCAUUGGUAACCUGCAUUUGUUGGAUAUCAGAAGGCAAGAUAAGUCAUUAAUGAAGAUUUCAGAGAAAUACGGCCCCGUGUUCACUGUCCAUUUGGGAUUCCAGCAGACCGUGGUGCUGACUGGCUAUGAAGCAGUGAAAGAAGCUCUUCUGAACACUGCUGAUGUAUUUGCAGACAGACCAGCUAUACCCAUAUUCUAUCACAUCCAGCAUGGAAAUGGUGUGUUCUUUUCUUCUCAAGAGCUCUGGAAAACAACACGCAGGUUCACCAUGGCAACCAUGCGGGAUCUUGGCAUGGGGAAACGACUGUCAGAGGAAAGGAUUCUGGAAGAGCUUCACUUUCUUGUCGACCUCAUCAGGUCCUUUAAAGGUGGACCUUUCAGAUUACGAUUCUUGAAUACGGCCCCCACCAACAUCACUUUUGCUAUACUCUUUGGGAGAAGGUUUGAUUAUAAAGACCCAACGUUUGUCACUCUCUUAAGACUUAUAGAUGAAGUCAUGAUCCUUCUUGGCUCUCCAUUCUUGCACUUAUUUAAUUUCUACCCAUUCCUUGGAUUUCUCUUCAAACCUCACAAGAUGAUACUGAAAAAAGUGGAGGAGGUGUGUGUAAUCUUAAACAAAUACAUCAAGGAAAGCAAAAAAAACAUUAAUGGAAACAACUUGACGAGCUACAUCGAUGCAUUAGUAUUCAAACAGCAAGAGGAGAAAGAUAAAACCAAUACCUCCUUUUAUGAUGCAAAUAUACUGGCUUCUGCACUCGACCUGCUCAUGGCUGGCACUGAGACAACAUCCACAACAUUGCAGUGGGCCAUCCUGCUAAUGAUGAAGUACCCCGAGAUUCAGAAAAAGGUGCAUGCAGAGAUUGUGCGAGUUCUUGGCCCUGGCCGCUUGCCUACCUUUGAGGACCGGAAAAACAUGCCAUUUACCAAUGCAGUGAUCCAUGAAGUGCAGAGAUUUAUCACCCUCCUGCCACACGUUCCACGGUACACCUCUGCUGACACUUACUUUAAAGGCUACUUCAUCCCUAAGGGAACAACAGUGAUUCCUCUGCUCACCUCUGUGCUGCUGGAUAAAACGCAAUGGGAGACACCAGAUGAAUUCAACCCCAACCAUUUCCUUGAUGCGAGUGGGAACUUCGUAAAGAAGAAAGCUUUCCUGCCCUUCUCCACAGGGCGGAGAAACUGCAUUGGAGAGAGUCUGGCCACGAUGGAGCUCUUCAUCUUCUUCACAGGCUUGAUCCAGAAAUUUACUUUUAAGCCCCCAGCUGGGGUCAGAGAAUCCGAGCUGGACACAACUGCAGAGGCUGGAUUCACCAUGAGACCUCAUCCACAGUGUGCCUGCGCUGUGCUACGUGAAUAAACCCAAGGCUCUAGACCGAGAAAAAUCCAUGUAAUUGUUUUGCACAGAGUCCAACAGAUGCACAAAGGAGAAACUAGAUCCCUAUGCAGUAGAAACAACCAGUUUAUUCUUACUCAAGGCCUUGCAAGUGUUGACUAUAUGCUUAAAAUAUUUGUUGAGCAAAUAUUUUUGUAAGAAAGUGAGGAGACCCAGUGGGUAAGGUUACCUGGAAAAUUCCAGCCAGAUACAUGACUCAAAAUGGCAGGACAGUCAUUACUUUUCUUUACACAUUAAAUACAUGACGUAAGAACUUAUCCUAGUUCUGGGUGUCUGGGAGAUAACGUUUCUCAGCAGUGGUUUAUUUCUUCAUUUGGAGAGCAAUGAGAGAUGCAGACAUGUCAUCCCCAAAUCCCAGCUCUUUUCCCAUUCCCUACUGUACAGCUGAUAUAUCGUUCCCAGAUACCUACUCAUUCUAUGUCCUAUGGAUGCUCCUCCAAUACCUUCCAGACUUCUGGUUUUGAAUCCCAGGUACUGAGCCUUGGACUGUUUAGGUUCCCCUUGUUCUGGGGGACCUCAGCUUAGUUUCUUGGGACUCUCUGGCCCUUUCUGGGCACUGGCUCUGCUACCCCUGCACUGACAUAGAACUUGACAGAUCUCCACUGAGAAGUCAAAACCCCCCUCUUCUACAUUUUUCUAGAGGUAGGUCAGAUAUGUAAGCACAGCCUCCUUUCAGACCACCAGGUUUGGACGAGCAGGCAUGCCAACGUUGCAAAGAUGCUUCUACAAUGCUCUUUCUUUAAGUGGCAUAGAAGCUGGGCAAAUCUAGGCAGAGUGAGGGAUAACUCAUCCAUCUCCCCUUUCCUUCCUUCUCCCAGUAUUCUGUGAAAUUUGUUGGAAUCCUCCCUUUUCCUUAUAUUGUUAUCUCCUCUCCUCCUCUGAAAGUACUAGAGAUGGAACUUCCUCUCAUCCCCCCUUCAGUGCAGGCAAUAGGACACUUAUUCAUAGCUGCUCCCUUCUUCCUUGGUCUGAAAUGUUGAGUGGAGGCCAGAAGGAUCCAAUAAGACUGCAAUGGGAAGUGAGCCGAACCAUUGUCCCACAAGGUGUUUUGUCACAUAAACCCGUAGGAGAAGACGAGGUGGAAGAAAAUCCUUAUAUGCUCCAGGAUGGGGAGGAGAAGUCUCCUCCUGUUCCCAGUGUACCACUUGAUUCUUCCAAGUUAAUGAUAAAUACUGCAUAUGUCUUUGUGCGCCCAGCCUUGCUCGCAGGUGAACCCAUUUGGAUCAGGGGUGCCUAAAGCCUCAAAACUUAAUUCUGCUCGCCUUAUAAAGCCCUUAUCAUGGAUGGCAGGAUGUUUUACCCCAGUUAAGGACUGCAGAGCUGGGCUGUCUGUCACUCAAAGGGAUUGUGGUGCCAUCUCGUGGCAAAAGGAAAAUAGAAACAAUAUUCUGCAUGACGGUUAUUGCUAUGGCCAGUGUGCAGAGGGGUUUCAAAUAUAAGACAGCCCUCAUUUUUUGAAGCUAUAUAGCUGCUGCAAUCCUUGCAGUUGAGCAUUGCCCCUUUGAGAGCACCAGCUCCUGGGUGUGCAGCACUGAGGACACCAGGCUGGGCUGCAGGCAGGCUCUAGGCUGAUCACAGGCACCUGCCACAGGGCAUACUGCCCAGCCUGCUACAGGUCACAGACAUGAUGUGAGAUGAAGUAGUUCAGAUCUUUAAAAAUCAAACCACCUGUCCUGCCCCCAGAUCUUUGUCUUCUCUUCAGGGCACAAACAUGUUUUUCAGCUAGAAGGAAGACCCUCAGGGCCACUGAGGAAUGAGGAAAUGAUAUUUCCACCCAUUUUUAAGCCCCGAGAGCCAAUGUUUUCUGCUAGAUAAAUCUGUAGCUGAGUCAUAAUCAAUGUUCUGCCAUCAUUUGGCUGAACAAAUGAAUGGGAGGAAGCACUUUCUCUUGCAGAGAUAUAUUCAGCUGUCUAAUUCUGUGUGCUUGGGAGUGAUCUCUUCUAUCCAUCUGCUAAUGCAAGCACAAAUAAGAUACAUUUUUUAAAGGAAUCAAGGAGCUGGUUUCCUGUGCGCAUUUGCACCUGGUAGUUCAUAUCUCUUGUUGGUGUUCCCUGAUGCACUAGUAUGGCUCCAUCUUGCUAGAUUUCUGUAUGUGGCCAGCAACACCGCAGGCUAUGGUCUGCCUUCCAGAGAGUACCAGCGUGGAAAGUGAUGUCUGGAAAGCGCAGGCACUGAAGGUUGCUAUGCAAUGUGGGAAAACCAUCUCUCUCCUUCAAAGCCAAGACCCCCAAAGCCAGUGACAAUGAGUCAGGUCUGAGAUUCCCCCAGUGAAUUAGUUCAAAUUUGAACCCAGCCCCUUGCUGUCUGUUGCCAUUCCCCCCGUCCCCAGUGGAUUAUUGUCACUUCUGUCUUUUGAGUUCAUAUUACUCUCAGAAAGGAGCUAGAGCAGGAACAGUCCUGGUCUCUCAUAAGCCAAAGGCAAAAGUAUUUUUGAUUUCAGCAAAGCCAGGACUUCCUUCAGCAUUUCAGCCACUUCACAGCUAAUGUGGCAGAGUAGGCAGAGCUGUUGGGAAAGCCAAGGCCAGAGUACAGAGUGGAUGGGUACUUGCUCCUGAGUUGGUUUACCUGUCUUCCCCCUAGGAAGACCCCGUCUUACUGCCACCACCCCUCAAGAAUGACAUUGCCACCAGGUGAUGCUUUGGGAGGACAAAGAUGCUACAGACAUUGGAGGAUUAAAACUUUAUUGGGUUCCCAUGAAGGAGGAAAUAUAAACAUUACGAUAAUGUAGAUGAUAAGGUAAUGAAUAUGGAGCAGUAGCAAUUCACAGGCGCAGGAUGAGGAUGGAAAAAUGCCUGAGCUC